CUUGGCCGGUAUCUUGCACGAUGGAGCCGCUGCGCUGGUGGUGUGGCAACCAGCCCACGUGGCUCUGGCGCGUUGACACCGACGUGCUCCUUGUGCCGCUUCGCCUCGGUCCCUGCGCGACAACGUCGCUGUGCAUCGCCAGCGUCUGGAAGUUUGGGCUCCUCGGGCUCGGCGCGUAUGUUGGCCACACGGCUCGCCGCCCAUCAUCGAUGCCGCCACACAUUGCGUACGCUGUCGUGGCCGCCAGCCUCCUCAACGCUGCAUAUGGCGUCUACUUUGUCGCGUCUCCGGUGGCGCUAAGCCCCAGUCACGUGGCUGCCGGGACGCUCUGUCUCGUCGAAGGCCUGCACACCAGUAUCGUGCUGUGCGUCUAUCCACACCGAGUCCACGCCUUUUGCCAUCUCUUUUUCCUCGAUGCGCUCGCGCGACUGCUCGCCGUGACGCCGGUCGUGCUCCAGCGCCAGCGACCGCUCGUGCUUGCCGCACACGAUUUGGCAUUGAUCGCAGAUACGACAAUCAUGCUUCUCAAGGCCGUCGUCGCCUGCUACCUCGCCACACAAGUAGCCGCCAUUCACACCGCGACGCCCGAAGGCGACGCGUCCGUCAUGAGCAAGCUUUUCUUUACGUGGAUUUGGCCCCUCCUCCGCCAGCCGCAGCCGCUCGGCCUCGACGACUUGCCAGCCGUGCGCUCGGACGACAGCGCCAGCGUCAUCCAAUUGCGAUACGAAGACAGCGUGCGCCGUCGGCCACGUGCAUCGCUUCUUCGGCACCUCCAUGCGACCUGCGGCUGGUCGUUCUACUGUGCUGGCGCCUUGCUCUUCGUGUCGACGACAGGCAACGUUCUGACGCCGUAUGCGCUGGAGCGUCUCCUGCGCGUGCUCUCCGACCCGACGCCGCACUCGAGCGAGGCGCGCAUUGUGAGCGGGCUGCUCUGGUCCCUCGGGCUCUAUGCGGCGAUCAUGACCAAGUCGAUCUUUGAGCAUCAGUUUUGGGCCGUCGCCGUGCGCUGCGGCCUUCAGACGCGCUCGCUACUGCAGCAGCUCGUGCUACACAAAGCCCUUCGGCUCAGUGCCGCUGCCCGCGUCACGUACGACGACGGCGCUCUCACCAACAUGCUUGCGACUGACGCCUGCAAGAUUGCCGACGCGUCGGUUGUCUGCGCAAUGCACUGGGACACGUGGAGCGGCGGCCUCGCGCUCAGUAUUGCCUUGCUCGCGCUGCUGCAGCUUCUCGGUCCCGCCGUGUGGCUCUGGCUCGGUCUCCAGCUGCUCUAUAUCCCGCUGGCAGUCUUCUUGAGCCGACGCUUGAAAGCUGCAAGUCGGGCCCACCUUGCGAGCCGCGAUCGUCGACUGCAGCGCACAGCGUCCUUUCUUGCGGCUCCCACAACGCUCCACGGCUGUGCGUACGAAGCCACCGUGCUCGCGUCCACACGCGCCGCGCGGAAUGAAGAGCUUGCGGCACUUCGCACCAAGCAGCGCUGGCACGCGAUCAACGUGAGCGCUGUUGCGUGUCUUCAGCUGCUGGCACCGAUGGCUACGUUUGCUUGCAUCCGAAAGUUGCCGCCGUCGCAAGUGUUUGCUGCCAUUGCCUGGUUUGGCAUUGCAGCGGGGCCGCUCCAGCGGCUGCCGCAGAUCCUCACAAAGGUCAUUGACGCGCGCGUGUCCCUCCAGCGUCUCGAGCGCUUCUUCGCAGCCGACGAGCGGUCGACGUCGUCGACCAAAGAACCUCGUCUCGAGGCCGGUAGCAUCGAGCUCCGAGACGUCGCGAGUCUCUGGACGUACGGGCCCCCGCCCGUGUUUCAAAACGUCUCGCUCUCGCUAAGUCGGGGCGCAGUGGCUCUCUGCGAUGGACCCAUGGGCUGUGGCAAGUCGACCUUUCUGGCGACGCUGCUACGCUUACCGACCGUCGUUACCGGCGCCUUGCGUGUCGCUGGCUCAAUGGCGUACUGCCCGCAGAACCCGUGGAUACUGGAUACCUCGAUCCGCGCCAACAUUCUUUGCGGGAAGCGACUAGAUUGGUCGUGGUAUCAAGCGACGCUGGGCAUUUGCGCACUGGGCGCCGACAUUGCCGCGUGGCCCGACGGCGACGCCUUUCGCGCCGGCGACCGUGGCGCUGCGCUCUCGGGAGGUCAAAAGCAGCGCGUCUCUCUUGCGCGUGCGGUCUACGCCCGACACGACAUUCUACUCGUCGACAAUGUCUUUGCGAGCUUGGACCCAGUUGUCGCACGCCACGUGUGGCAGCAACUGUUGCACCACCCUGCGCUCGUGCCAUUGACCAAAGUCCUCGUGGCGCCCCCGACGUUGCGUCCGUCGGUUCCAUUUCUGCGCCUCCACUUCGAGCCCGUGGCCAUGCGCGGCGUCACGGCCAUUCACGCAUCGAGGGAACACGCGGUGUCGCCAGCGACCGAGAGCAUGCUGACGUUGGACGCCGACGCACCGACCACCGAGGCAUUGUCACCGCCGACACUGAUCACGGACGUGGACGACGACGCAGCAGUCUCUGGAUCGAGCUACCAGGCAGUGUGGCGCGCUUACCUGAGCCAGAUACCUUGGCUCGGCGGCUACUUGGUGCUGCUUGUGGCCGAGCACAUCGGCCUCGUCAGUGGCACGUACGUCCUCGCUACGUGGGCAACGACCAAGGGGACGCCGUGGACGACCGUUGGCGUCAGUGUUGCCACGUGCGUCGUCGCCUCGACGCACCGGCUGUGGUUUGUCGACCUCGCGCUCCGGGGCGCCGCGCGGCUGCAUGCGACGCUGCUGCACCACCUUGUACACGCGUCCAUGGCAUUCUUCGAGCAGCGAUCGUCCAGCAGCAUCCUCAACCGGUGCACCAAAGACGUUGGCGCGAUCGACGAAGCCCUUCCCAGCGUCCUCGCCAACUUUGCUGCGUACGCGCUCCAGGUCGGCGCUGCGGUGCUCGCACUCGCGUCUAUCGCGCCGACAAGCGCACUCGUCGCAGUCGUCGGACUCACUGGACCCUACUACGUACUGUACGCCUUGUACCGCGGGCCUGGUCGGCGGCUGCAGCGUCUCGAGCGCGCUGCCCGGGCACCCGUGUUGGCGUGGGCGCGGCAGGCCAUCGCAGGGCACAGCUCUGUCGACGCCUUUGACUUGAUGCGCAUGCUUCAAACGCAGUUCCAGGCGCAGAUCGAUGUCGCCAUCCAAGCGUCCUGGCUUGCUACGAUCGCGACGCAGUGGGUCACCGUGUGGCUCGAAGGGCUCGGCGCUCUGGUCGUCCUUGGCGCAGGCGUCGCCACGACGUUUCUUGCCGACUCGGUGUCGGCCACGACGACCGGUCUCGUGCUCACGUACGCUGUGCAGCUUCCGGCGCGCCUCGGGUGGGCACUCAAGCUUCUCGUUGCCAUCGAGCUCGAAGCCGUCUCGGUCGAUCGGGUCGUGGCGCUCACAGAGCAAGCAACACCGAUGCCGACGUAUGCGGACGCCCCGGGGCAUGCCCCCGAGCGAAUUGCGGAUGGUGAUCUGCAGGUCGACAACUUGUGCUUGACGUACCCCGGGUCGCACACGCGCGUCUUGGACGGUGUCUCGUUUAGGUUGGCACCUGGUGCCAAGGCGGCGGUCGUGGGUCGAACGGGCGCCGGCAAGUCGUCGCUCCUGCACGUGCUUCUGGGCUUGUAUCCUGUCGACUCUGGCGAGGUUCGCGUUGGUGGUACAGCAGUAGCUCCCCACGCGCUCCGGGCCGCCGUGGGCUUUGUGCCCCAGGACGCAGUGCUCCUUGGCGAGACGCUUCGCGAGACGCUCGCCGACGCCACGUCGCAAGUUUCGGACGACGAGAUGUGGGCGGUGCUGCGCCGUGUCGGUAUGGACACCCGCGUGGAUAGCCUCGAGAUGCGCGUGGAGUGCGCGAACUUUGGCGCGGGGGAGCGCCAGCUGCUCGCACUCGCCCGCGCAUUGCUGCGGAACGUGCGCAUUCUCGUGUGCGACGAAGCCACCGCGCACGUCGACGCGCGUGCGCACCGCCGCGUGUUGAGUUUGAUUUUGAGUUUGGCCCACGUCACAGUGCUGCUGGUCACGCACCGGGUUGAACAACUGGAGACGUUUGAUGUCGUGCUGCGGCUCGACGGCGGGCGGCUCGAGCCGCUGUCUCCAACCUCUCUGACAAAAAGCUCGCGGGCCAGCGGACUCGAAGCGGCGACCUAGCUCCAUUACUAGUGGAUUCCUUCCGCUCGAGGACAGUGAUGGCCACACGCAUCCCUGACAAACAGGGUCAAGGGCCAUUCUGGUGCAGUGGAUUGAGCGCCCCAGUUCAAUUCCC